GAUUGUUGGGCUCCCAUUAUUGCGGGUGUGGGAGGGCUGGGGGUAUGGGGAAGGCACGGCCCGCAUGGCCUGGUCCAGGACGGGAGGUGGCCGUCGAGCAGCCGAUGAGCACGACGGGGGCAUGGCGCUGACGAGUCACCCCCACCGCCCGCGCAGGCUCUAGACCUCUAGAGGAGGGGCGCACAAUGGCGCGGCCCCCACCGAGUGCGGUCUCCACCAAGUCCAGCUUCCAGGACUUCGUGCCCGUCAUCCCCGUCAAGGAGGAGACGAGGGACUUGGUGGUGACGGAACCGCGGUACAACGAUGGCGUCCUCGAGGGCAUGUGGCGCGAUCGGCGCAUCGAGAAGACGAAGGCGUGCGCGCCGCCCUUCAGGGGCUGCUCCAUCUACACGACCUCCUUCAAGGAGCCGCCACGCGAGGCUUUCCUGGACGACUAUGCCUCGCAGGCCGCAUGGGACAACCGCGCGGGCGCCGAGGGUCUUCACCGCGCCAUACUGCUCGAGGCGAGCGGCCCAAAGUGCCGCGAGAACUUUACGACCACCACGGACUUGAUGCACCACUGGAUGCCGCAGGCCUGUGCCACGGCCAGGGCCUUCAACUCCAGGCACCUGGAGUGGCUCCCCUCCCAGGACCUUCUUCCUUGCCUGGGCAACCUCACCCAGUACGGGCUGAAGGAGCUGACAGCGGCGCGCUGGGCCGCGGAGCGGGCCGCCCUGCGCGCCAAGCCCGUGACCACGCACCGCGCCCACUUCCACCAGCCCUGCGACUCGCACCGCGAGACGAGCCGGCGCGCCGUCUGCCGGCUCUUCUCCUCCAAGAUCCAGACCAACAACAACAUCCUGCACAGCCAGCUGCUGCGCGGCAAGCAGGUGCUCGUGGCGCCCAACGUGCUGCAGGGCCAGUACCCGCUGGACGUGUGCCGCGACCGCCUGCCCAUCGUGCCCGAGCUGCCGCUGGAGAGCGCGCCCGUCCUGCGGGUCCCGGACCGGUCGGCGGGCCCGCACCCGUUCCCGGCCUGUUGCACGGGCGUGCGCCGCUGCCGGCGGGUGCCCGGGGGCACGCCGAUCACCGCCCCCGCUCUCCCCUUCUACUCGGUGUCGUGCCAGCCCGCACCGCCCACGGGGCUCCUGUGACCAGCUGUGACCAGCUGUGACCAGCUGUGACCAGCUGUGACGACCAGGGCUAAUUACA